AUGUCAUCCACAAUUUUCACGGUGAUUUUCUUCGGCACAGCUGGUACCCUUCUCUUCACAACUGGUCUAGUCUUGGCCUAUCUAAAGGUCAUUCUGCCUCCAGUAGCAGCUUGCCUGGCAGUCGGCCUCGGUCUGGUCAUAUUCGCUAUAUUAAUAUGGCUGAAUAUGAUUCCGAACUGGUUCAGAUUCUGGUCGAAGCGACGAAAGUACCACUUGAAGAAGGGACAACUGGCACUAAUCGGCAUGUUGGACCAGACGCGACAAGAGAAACAACAGUUGGGACAAGAUGCGACAGAGACCUUGAUGAAGAGUAUCAGAGGGAUACCGUAUCUGAUUCAGGCGAUACAGUACUCUCUGGAGACGAAUCUGAUGACAGAAAUGGGACAGUCUGUUAUUGGGACAUCUGUGAUACACACGGCUCCAGGUAGGACAGGUGUUAUUGUUUUACAUUUUUAAAAUUGAUUUUUUAAUAUCUCCGCCAUUUGGCAUAGCGUUGCAAUUUUGGUCGUAAGAAGUAUACAUUGAGAAUUGAGGUAUAAAAUACGGAUAAAAAAGGUUUAAAAAUUAAAAAACAAGAUUUUUAAACCUCACUUUACCUUCAGGCUGUACCAGUGUACUGGACUGUUGUGGCGAAAAGGACCACAUGGUGCACGCUACAUCAAUGUCUUCGAGAAUCUCGGGUCCAGACGAACAAUGGCAGAACACAGAUCAAAGUAAAUGGACGAAUCAGCAGUUGAAAUUGUCAUUAAAUCAAAGGGAUUCAUCGUUCACGGUAGGUUACUGCAGCCUGAAUUUACAGUAGUUGUAGGUGUUCCCUUACAGUGAAUCUCAACCGCUACGGGAUUCUACAGAGGAAUCUGGAGACCUUCAAGUGUAUCCGGACGAACAGACGUUUCAUGGCUCAGCACAGUCAUCUUUGUCGAGGUAAUAAAGGGUUAUAUUGUUACUGGUUUUGUAGGGUUUACAUAGUAGAAAUGUAGAUUUAGCAUUACUUUUAAAUGAAUGAUAUAACAGUGUAAAAUACGAUUACUAUAUAUAUUUAAUUAAAAAUUGUGUAUAGUAAAGUAGGUUUUGUGGAAUACUUGUGAGUACUGUUAGUCAGAACUUGGUGGAACCUCUAUAUGCAACCUUUAUUCAUAAAUUACUUGAAUGUAUAAUACUUUACUUGCUUUUUACAGAGUAACAGUGUCGUACAACUCUUCGAAUCAGCAGGAGAUCAGAUGUAUCGGAAUGACGAGCGCUUUCCUCAGCAAGUUCAACAACAGCUUCAAGACCUAA